AUGGCUAACAAAUUGAAUACAACAUACAUAAUAAUUGAUGCAUACGGUGAAGUGAACAUAUACAGAUAUGUCUAUUUUGUGAUAAUAUUUACUGCAUAUGUAUUAAUAAUUUGCAGUAAUUUUACUAUUGUAUGUCUUAUCUGGAUUCAUGAAAAUCUCCAUGAGCCUAUGUAUGUUUUCAUUGCAGCUUUGCUACUUAACUCUGUUCUUUAUAGCACUUCCAUCUACCCAAAGCUGCUGAUUGACCUUUUAUCUGAGAAACAGGUCAUAUCUUAUUCAGCUUGUCUUUGUCAGUUUUUUAUGUUUUACACAUUUGGGAGUUCUGAAUUCUUACUGUUGGCAGCCAUGGCUUAUGACAGGUACGUGUCUAUAUGUAAACCUCUGCAUUAUACAACAAUAAUGACAAAAACAACCAUCAGUUUAUCACUCAUUUUAGCCUGGUUUCUGCCUGCUUGUCAUACACUACUUCCUGUGCUUGUAAUGGUCAGUGAUGAUAUAAAACUUUGUGAUUUCACUUUAAAAGGCAUUUUAUGCAAUAAUUCACUCUAUAAACUCUACUGUGAGAGUUCACAAGCUCUCACUAUAUCGGGUGGAGUUGCUCUGAUAAAUGUUGUACUUUUUCCAUUGCUUUUCAUUUUAUUUACAUACUCAAAAAUACUUUUAAUAUCCUAUAAAAGUUGUGCAGAAGUCAGAAAAAAAGCUGCUCAGACUUGUUUACCCCACCUAUUAGUGUUAUUGAGCGUCUUCUGUUUAGGAUCAUAUGAUAUUAUUAUAGUUCGUAUGGAAUCUGACUUUCCAAAAACUGCCCGUUUAAUAAUGACUUUACUAUUAAUUCUCUAUCACCCCUUGUUUAAUCCGAUCAUAUAUGGACUAAAAAUGAAAGAGAUUUCUAUGCACCUCAAGAGGUUGUUCUAUUCAUCUAAAAUGAUCUGA